UCAGGCUGUUGUCUCUGAUCUCUCUUCUCAGAGGUUUCCCGGAACGACUCCUGUCCCGACCUCCCCGAGAUCCAGAACGGCUGGAAGACGACGUCGCACGUGGCGCUGGUGCGAGGAGCUCGGAUCACCUACCAGUGUGACCCCGGGUACGACCUGGUGGGACGGGAGACCCUCACCUGCCAGCUGGACCUCUCCUGGAGCUCUCAGCCCCCCUUCUGUGAAAAGAUCAUGUACUGCUCCGACCCGGGCCACGUGGAGCACUCCACCAGAACCCUGUCCGACCCCAAACUGCUGGUCGGCACCACCAUCCAGUACAGCUGCAGCCCCGGCUUCGUCAUGCAGGGCGGCGCCACCAUCACCUGCUACGGCCGCGAGCCGGGGACGCCCGUGUGGACGUCUCGACUCCCUCACUGCAUGUCUGAGGAAUUUGUUUCCUGUGAUAACCCCGGUCUCCCUGACAACGGCUAUCAGAUCCUGUCCAAGAGGUUGUACUUGCCCGGCGAGACACUCACAUUCGUUUGUUACCAAGGUUAUGAGCUCAUAGGAGAGAUGGCCAUUAAGUGCAUAAUCGGGAACCCUUCGUUUUGGAGUGGCCCUCUUCCACUCUGCCAGGCUAACCGUGACUGCUUUGGCAACCAUGCUUUGGAAGUUGCAGAGGCGACGGCAGGCUCCCCUCUGCAUGGAGGAAAAGUAGCGCUAGCCAUCUUCAUCCUGGUUCUGCUGCUGUCUGUGCUGCUGGGAGGCGCCUAUGUCUACGUCACCAGGUGAGUCCAAAAUUCCUGGACU